AGUUCCCAUAAUGCGUCGCAAAAGGAACCAUUGCCGCGAAAACACAUUUUGUUCUUUUUUUUUUUACAGUCGUGAAUGGUCAAAUGAAAACAGUGUGUUUUAACGGCACGAUGUACAAAUAUACGUAUAUAUAACAAACAAACAAGGAUAGAUUUGUUUCGCAAUGUUGACGUGUUAUUCUUUGGUUAAGUUUUAGAAGGAGACCUUUAGGAUCAAUCAUGACAGGAAAAAACACUUCUACUGGUUUUCUCAAAGAUGUGGUGGCGUAUGUUGAUGUGUGGUCUGCGAGCAGAAUGGAGGAUUACUCUGAUCCGUUCAUUCAGCAGCUGCAGGACAUGGGUGCAGAGGUAUCUAAGACACUCAACAAACAAGUGACCCACGUAGUUUUCAAACAUGGCCGCCCGUCCACAUGGAAGAAAGCCCAGAAAAUGGGUGUGAGGAUUGUUUCUGUCCACUGGGUAGCAAGAUGCAAAGAGGGUAAUGAACGUGUAGAUGAAAAUCUUUUCCCUGCUCAAAAUGAAGAGUCCAAACUUCUUCAUCAUCUAAAUAAAAGAACACACCGUUGCAUGCAACCUAGAGAUAUUCCUAUAAAGACCCCUGAGAAUGACAGGCGGCUCAAGAAAAAAUUAGACAAGAUGAUGGAAGGCCUGAUCUCCUCAUCCCCCGUUGUGUCUGACACAUCACCAUUCGUUAUUGAUGAGGAAAAUGGAGUAGUGUACAGUCCGUCUUUAAAACGCUCUGACAGCAUGGCUCAGCGACUGAGAGAAAUGAGAGCUCAACGUGAACAUCUCUCACCUACUGCCUCACAGAUGCUGGAUAGUGCCUCAGGAUGUAAUUCGCCUUUGAGACCACCUUUUGGGGCAUCACCAACUCUGUCUUUCUUGCAACAACUAGAGGAAGAGCCUUUGGAUUGCUUCUCAGCCUCUCAAUAUCAUUCCUCCAAGAAAAGAGAUGAACAAGAAAAACAGAACUGUAAUAAAAAGUUAACAAUGAAAAUGACAAGUAAAGCAAAAAAACAAAUACCUACUGAAUCAGACACAGCCAUGGUUAUGUGUAAUCUGGCCGGUGUUGAAACAAAAAGUAAAGUCUCACCUAUAUCUUCCAGAUCAAGAAGGUCUUUAGUGAACAACAUUGGAGGAAAGAAACAGUCCUCUUUAGAGUGUUACAUUGAUAAUACCUGUUCUGAAAGAAAACAAAGCUCACACCUCAAACCACAAACUGAAAACAGUGGCAUAUCUACAGAGUUAUCUGGCAGCCCUGAAAGCCUGACAAAAACCAAUCACAAAAACAUCAAAGGUAUACAGCAAUCCAAUGAUCUGCAGACCAGCUCCAAAUGUUUAUAUUCCAAGAAGAAGCAGACUUCAUCAGGCAGUUGUUUUACAGAAAUUGAAAAUUAUGGAUCGGUAACUACCAAGCCUGUUCGUAAAUUUCAAUGUCAAACGUCUGCUGUUUUGUGUUCUGCUGACUCAGUUGGUGAUGUUCCUAAUAGAGAUGAUGUGGAUGGUGAGGUGUUUGAAGACUGCUUCUCACCAGCCAACAAUGCCCUUAAACGAAGGGUCAUUUUAUUUGGGUCGACCCCAGAAAGAUUGCACAUGCCUGCUUUUGACCUGGAGGACUCAAACAAGAGGAAGGGCAAGAGAUCAUUUGGUAAAAAGCGAAAACAUGGGUUUAAAAAGUCUGCUGUGUGCUGCUCUCCUCUCAGCUCAACUUUCUUUGUUUGCAUUAUAUCAGUUGUAGGGAAAGAAAAUGAAAGCACAACUGAUGGAAGCAUUGAGAGAAGUCCUGAAAUGAGUAGCAAACCAAGACAUAUGAAAAAGGACAAGUUCAUGAAGAAAAAUAGAUCCUUGGUAAUGACAAGCAUGCCCACUGAGAAGCAGGAGGUAGUCUUCCAGCUAGUCAGAAAUCUGGGUGGUUUUACAGUGGUGGAUAAUGUGUGUGAAAGCACCACUCAUGUGGUGUCCGGCAGCCCACGACGGACCCUUAAUAUCUUGUUAGGCAUUGCACGUGGCUGCUGGAUUCUCUCCUUUGAAUGGAUCCUGUGGUGUUUGGAGCAUAGGCAGUGGGUUCCUGAAGAACCUUAUGAGCUGUCUGAUCAUUUCCCGGCUGCACCUAUAUGCCGUCUGCAGCAGCAUCUCUCUGCUGGGGAACAUCAGCAGGAUCUGUUCCAGCAUCAGCGGCCCAUGUUUGUGUCCCCACACUCCCAGCCCCCCUGCAACAGCCUGACGGAACUCAUUCAGCUUUGUGGAGGAACUGUGUGCCGGAGUGUGCGACAGGCUGGAAUCUUUAUUGGACAAUAUAAUGGCAAAAAAACAGAGGGGAGCUGCAGUCUUUCUGAACAGUGGAUUUUAGACUGUGUCACACACCUCACACUGCUCCCAUAUGAAAACUAUGUAUUGGAAUGAAGAACCCUGGAAUGUGAUACUCCUGUAGUUAUAAAAAUUGGAUUUAUUUUUAUUAUUAUUAUUUUUAAAUCUGUGUAAAUACUAUUAUUAAAUAUCUCUACUGUAUUUUGUGUGUUUGGCAACUUAGUGUAGUGAUUUGUCAUUUGCAUGUUAUUUAGUCAGUUGUCUUAUGUUAAUCUGUGUGGGGGUUUUUUUGUUUUGUUUUUGUUUUGUUUUUUCUUCAUUUAAUAAAACUGUGACUAAAAAGUGAA